CUUUCCCAUCUCUGAUACUCACUACAAUCAUCUAAGCUGAUCUAUCAUAGCUUUGAAAAAACUGUUACUUUCACAAAAUCACAGUCGUUUUCUGAGGAGAAAAAGAAGAAGAAGAAGAAGCCAUGUCGAGCACAGCUGGUCAGGUCAUUAAGUGCAGAGCUGCUGUGGCAUGGGAAGCUGGGAAGCCACUGGUAAUUGAGGAGGUUGAGGUGGCACCGCCACAGGCUAAUGAAGUUCGUUUGAAGAUCCUCUUUACCGCUCUUUGCCACACAGAUGUUUAUUUCUGGGAAGCCAAGGGUCAAACACCGGUGUUUCCUCGCAUAUUUGGUCAUGAGGCAGGAGGAAUUGUUGAGAGUGUUGGUGAGGGUGUCACCGAGCUUCAGCCAGGUGACCAUGUUCUGCCGGUGUUCACCGGGGAGUGCGGGGAUUGCCGCCACUGCAAGUCGCCGGAGAGCAACAUGUGUGAUCUUCUAAGGAUCAACACGGACAGAGGUGUUAUGCUCAAUGACGGGAAGACCAGAUUCUCCAAGAAUGGCCAGCCCAUUUACCAUUUUGUUGGGACCUCUACCUUCAGUGAAUACACUGUUGUCCAUUCUGGAUGUGUUGCCAAGAUCAACCCUGCUGCCCCACUCGACAAAGUUUGCGUACUUAGCUGUGGAAUUUGCACAGGUCUUGGUGCCACUUUGAAUGUUGCUAAGCCAGCAAAGGGAUCAACUGUUGCCAUUUUUGGAUUGGGUGCUGUUGGUCUUGCUGCUGCCGAAGGUGCGAGGAUGGCUGGCGCUGCGAGGAUCAUCGGUGUUGAUUUGAACUCGAACCGAUUCGAAGAAGCCAAAAAGUUUGGAGUCAAUGAGUUUGUGAAUCCAAAAGAUCAUAGCAAACCAGUUCAAGAGGUUAUUGCUGAAAUGACCGACGGAGGAGUGGACAGGAGUGUCGAAUGUACCGGAAGCGUCCAGGCCAUGAUCUCUGCCUUUGAAUGUGUUCAUGAUGGAUGGGGUGUUGCUGUACUAGUAGGUGUGCCAAACAAAGAUGAUGCAUUCAAGACCCAUCCAGUGAACUUCUUAAACGAGAGGACUCUAAAGGGUACCUUCUACGGUAACUAUAAACCCCGGUCUGAUCUUCCCGGUGUUGUGGAACAGUACAUGAACAAGGAGUUGGACAUAGAGAAAUUCAUCACUCACACAGUCCCAUUCUCUGAGAUCAACAAGGCAUUCGAGUACAUGCUGAAAGGGGAGUCUAUCCGUUGCAUCAUCCGCAUGGAAGAGUAGAGUGUUGCUCAGAUGGGUUCUCUGUGUUCCAUCGAAUAGUCGUUGAGUGUUGAUAAUCGAAGAGAAUAUGCCAUGAAGGAGUUUAUAUGUCCAGCUAAAUAAAUAUGUCUGCAUUUUCGAGUCUUGUCUUUUGUCCAAAUAAAGAAAAAAAAAACUCUUUUACAAUAAUAUUACAGCGAUUUAAACUUU